AUGCUGGGGGAUAUUACCCGACGGAUGGCAGGUGGAAGACUAUUUCUUCAUUUUGAAAAAAAUAAACUAAGAAAAUUGCCCAACCACCCGGUCCCAGGAUACACGAGAGUUAAAGAACUUUACCUAACCAGCAACUAUUUAACCAGAUUGAGCAUGGAUCAACUGCCUUUAGAACUGGCACAUUUGGAUCUCCGGAAUAAUACACUGACAGCAGAUACUUUGAAAGAUUUAACAAGUCAGUUGUCUACAUCAAGUGAUAAUGUCUUUGUCAAGAACGCUUUAGCAUCACAAUCUCAUCACACUCCUUGUCCUAAAAAUUGCAUCUGUUACUUCGACGAUAAAGUUUACUACAUCGAUUGUAGUAAUCAGUCAUUAUCUGAAUUACCAAAUCUGAAAGUUAUAGCAAUUGGUAAUUCAUCACUAAGAUUGAACAAUAACAACUUAAAAAGUCUUCCAAACAACUCUCUAUGGAAUCCAAAACUAUUGGAAUUGCACUUGUCUAACAAUCAACUCACCCAUUUAUUUCUCGAACAAUUGCCUGCCAAAAUACGCUACUUGGACAUCCGAAAUAACCAACUAACGACUCUUGAUGACAAAGUAAUUCAGUUUCUUGAAUAUCGUUUAACUUUCGGUGACCUCACCAUUCAAAUGUCUGGUAAUCCUUGGCAUUGUUAUUGCAAUUCUAGCGAAUUUCUAAUUUUUCUAAGACAACAUGAACCGAAAGUGUAUGACUAG